AAGUGUUUCAAAGUGUUUCAAUACAUUUGAAGGCGCAGUAUGCAAACACUGUUAAAAUACGAUUUAAUUUUCUGAACCGAAUUUUCAAAGCUAUUUUUCUCGAUUCGAUAUCAUUGCGACUUCGGCCCUUUGGUCGAUUCAUGAUCGAAAUGCAAACAGCGGAUACGUGGACAGUUUAUUUUGAUUUACCUUUCUCCUGUACUAGUACGAUUCAGUUUUUAACUUGAAAUGAACGAAGCUGAUAUUCCUAUCGAUAUCCACGCCGGCAAGCUGCAAGACUGGCUAGUAUCGCGUCGAAUUGUAAACAAGAACUGGCACCAAUAUGUUCGUGAAGUUCGUAGUAAAAUUAGCAAUGCUCUCACCGAUAUGCCAGCUCACGAUGGACUUGUUCAGCUGCUCAAGGGAGCUCACAUAAACUACUUCCACUGCCAGCAGAUAAUCGAUAUACUGAAAACGACGGAAGCCGAUUCUAGGAAUGUGUUUGGACGUUAUGGAAGUCAGCGAAUGAAGGACUGGCAAGAUAUUAUUCGGCUCUAUGAAAAGGAUAGCUUGUAUCUGGCUGAGGCCGCACAAAUACUAGUAAGAAACAUUAAUUACGAGAUUCCAGGCAUUCGAAAGCAGAUCAAACAUUUUGAACAGUUGAGUGUUGACUCAGAGAAGAAAAUUGUGGAUCUGCAGCGAUCAGAGCGAGCCGUUCACGGUGAAUACAAAGCAUUGUGCAAACAGCUCGGUAUUGUCGGCGAGAAUGUUCGACAAGAACUCGUGGCGAAGGUUAAGGAAUUGCCGGAUAUGUUGAACAAAAUAGCCGCCACGGUUCCGGAAUUGAAAAAAGCAAUUGAACUGUACACUGCUUUCUUGGGAACUGAAGAGUGUGUGUCGGUUCUGCGACACGUGGCCACCGCGGGAAACACGACGGUAUACGAGUUUCUCUAUUCGGAACCACCGCUCUCCGUUGAGCCGCCCCCAAUAAAGUUUGUAAUUGAAGAGGAAGCCGCUGCUGUGUCUGAUAACGCUAUCGAUUUCGGCGACAAUGGAGGAGAAAUUGAUUUUGGCGAUAGUGCUGACAUAGAUUUCAACGUCGAUACGGGAGAGAUCAAACUGGAGGCUGGAGAAAUUGAUUGGGGAGCUCCGGAGGAAGCAGCAUCCGAACCUAACGAAGAAGGCAUUGAUUUCAGCAUAUCACUGGAAGAGAGCGGUAUAGUUGUCGAAAGUGCGGGAAAUGCCGGGGGAGUGGCAAAAGGGGACGAAGCGUACAGUAUAUGCGAUUCGCCAGUCCAUCGGGAACGAUUCAUUAAUGAACUGUUAGAGCUGGAAUCAUUUCUCAAGAUGCGCAUGUACGAGCUAAGUACCGCAGAUAGUGUGCACAUUUUGUCGUUAACUAUGAUGGAUAACUUUCCGGAUCACGAUGCCAAGAGUCUAUCGCAGAUGUUGGCUCAGGUCGACGUGGUUUACAGCAAUAUUGACAGCAAGCAAAUUCAGCAUCUGCACCAGAUUAAACAUUCGCCGAAAUACGUGGACAUCCUUAGCUCUAAACUGAAACAAAAACUGGUGGCCAUCGACAAAAUGAAGGAUACGGAAAAACUGAUGCAUGAGAAGGCAAUAAAUUUUCGUCAACAGAGUAUUGAUUUGAAGCCUACCCUUACCAAGAUCAUUGAGCAGACCGGAAUUUUACAGGGUCACAUAGAGAAAGAUAUUUCCAAACGCUACAAAAACCGGGUUGUCAACCUGAUGGGGACCAAUUUGUAAAGUUUAAAGGUGGGAGUGAAAAUAUAUGACGCUUGAUAAGAAAA